AACAAAAUACCAUCUUUAAUUCACACCCAUUUUUAUAUUUUCUCUCUAUUUUUUCUUUCUAAAUCGCCGAUCCAAUCGCCCGAUAUCUUUCUGCGAUCAUUGCGCCAUUCGUUGUUUUUUUAUUCGCCAUGGAAGAUUAUUGCGAUGUCCGCCGUGCUAUUCUUUACCGGCGGCCGGAUGGAAUCGGCGUUAAUGUGGCGGCGGGAGAUAGGUUUCCGCCGUGGAGUGUACCGGAGACGAAGGAAUUGCUUGCGAUCAGAGCGGCGUUGGAUAGAAGCUUCUCGGAAAUGAAACAAAAUAGGAUGCUCUGGAUUUCGGUGGCCGAUAAAAUGAAGGCCAAAGGCUUCAAUCGGAACCAUGAGCAGUGUAAGUGUAAAUGGAAAAAUCUCGUCACUCGUUAUAAGGGUUGUGAAACUAUGGAUCCCAAAGCUCAAAAGCAGCAAUUUCCGUUUUACAACGAUCUUCACACCAUUUUUACUGCAAGGAUACAAAAUAACUGGUGGAUCGAAGCCGAAGACCGAUCAGGAGGCUCCAAAAGGAAAGCCACAGGGCGAUUCUCUAACGAAGAAAACGACGAAGAUGAAGACGAAGACGAAGACAAAACAUUCGGGUCAACGAAAACGAAAAAAGGUACAAAAAAGGGGAAAUGGAGGAAAGAAGAAGAUGAGAGGAAUUUGAAGGAAAUAUUGAAGGGUUUUGUGGAAAGAGAGAUGGAAAUGGAGAGACAAUGGAGAGAAGCAUUUAGGGUUAGAGAGGAAGAGAGAAGGUUAAAAGAGGAAGAAUGGAGAAUGAAAAUGGAAGCCAUUGAGAGAGAGAAGAUGAUGAUGGAAAUAUUAUGGAGAGAAAAAGAAGAGAAGAGAAGAGAAAAAGAGGAAGCAAGGGCUCAGAAAAUAGAUGCUUUGAUCUCAGCUUUGUUGAGAAGCCUCACAUAAUAAUUAAGAUAUAAGGUUAUAAAGGUAUGUACUUGUUCAAGCUCUCUCAUCUCAUUUUAUGAUUAAUUUAUACUUUUAUUUUUUAGGAAUUUUUAACCAUAAAAGAGGGUUUAAUUAAU